AUGAACGAUACCCAAGCACCACCACAGCCUAAGAAGCCUGUUAAGAAAAACAAAUUCUCUGCUGAAGAAGACCAGAAGCUCCAAGAGUUAAUUAAGAAGUAUGGUUUAUUUGACUGGGAAUCAAUUAGUGAAGAGAUGCAAACAAGAACCCCAAGACAGUGCCGUGAUCGUUGGAAUUAUUAUUUAAACCCUGAUGUGAGGACGAAUCAGUGGACAGAAGAGGAAGAGAAGCUCUUACUUAAGAAAUAUGAAAAAUAUGGACCUAAAUGGUCAAAAAUAUCUAAGUUCUUUGAUAAUAGAACUGAUGUCAAUAUCAAAAAUCAUUACAUCGUUUUAGAAAGAAGGAAAGCUAAAGCGAAUAUUCCGCGCGUACCAGAAGAUAGAAGACAGUUACCAUUUCUCACCCCAAUGGAACCAAAGCCAGAGAUUCCGGAGAUGAGAUGGCUCGAUAAUCAGUUCGGUAUAGAAUUUUAA